AUGAAUGACUUGAAUGGAUCUAUUCCAACUGUGGGAAGAUUACCCAACCUCCAAGCUCUAAGCCUCAGAAAUAACAAUUUGCAGGGAUCUGUUCCAUAUAAGCUUUGUAAUAUUCCUGUCACUCUCGGGCACAUUGAAACUCUAGAAACUCUAUCUUUAGCUCACAAUAAAUUUGAUGGGCCAAUCCCUACCACAUUUGGCACUUUGAUAAGCUUGGUAUCACUGGAUCUCUCAAACAACAGUCUCUCAAGUGAAAUUCCUAAGUCAGUGGAGUCGCUCUCAUAUCGUAAAAACUUUAACGUGUUGCUUAAUAGGUGUCGGUACAAAAGAAAAAAUUCCCCCAUUGAUGAAGUUGAUUUGUUACCUUUAGCGAAAUGGAAAAGAACAUCAUAUCUAGAAAUUCAACAAGCAACUGAUGAUUUUAGCGAGUGCAACUUGCUUGGUACAGGUAGUUUUGGCACAAUAUUUAAAGGGAUGCUUUCAGGUGGGACUAAUGUUGCGAUAAAAGUUUUUAAUUUACAAGUAGAGCAAGUACUUAGGAGCUUUGACUCUGAAUGUGAAGUGUUGCGCAACAUUCGUCAUCAGAAUCUCAUAAAAAUCUUGAGUAGUUGUAGUAAUAUUGAUUUUAAGGCCCUGAUACUUGAAUUUAUGCCGACUGGAAGCUUUGAGAAGUGGUUGUAUUCUCACAACUAUUGUCUAGAUAUGCUGCAAGGGUUGAACAUAAUGAUAGAUGUUGCAUCCGCUCUUGAGUACCUCCAUCACGGUUAUUCAACACCUAUCAUCCAUUGUGAUUUGAAGCCAAACAAUAUCCUACUGGAUGAAGAUAUGGUUGCACAUGUGAGUGAUUUUGGUAUUGCAAAACUCUUGAAUGAUGGAGAUUCUAAGACACGAACUACAACACUAGCCACUAUUGGAUAUAUGGCACCGGACAAGAAUCCUUUUGAUGCCAAAGUGAAUUGCAUGUUAAGUAUCAUGGAUUUGGCUUUGAAAUGUUCCAUGGAGUCACCUGAACAGAGGAUCAAUAUGAAAGAUGCAUUAGCAAAACUCAAGAAGAUCAAAUUUCAGUUUCAGAAAGAUGUUUUGGGCACCUAA